GCUUAUGCGAUAUUUUUGCACUUCUUUAAUUAUUUGGAUGAUAUGGUCAAUGAAAUAGUUGUAAUAUAGGAGAAAAAAUGAAGUUGGAGUUAGUAGAACAAUGUUGUAUGAGCCAACUCACACGAAGAAAGAUAGAAAAACCCCUGUGAGUGAUAAGGCGGCUGAAAAUAAGAGAAAAAUGAAGGAUUUGAUGGCGUCGCAACAAAGUACCCCUGAAGAGAACACGAAGGGGAAAAUAAACUGGUCAAUGAAUGACAUCUACUCUCAAGUGAUAGACAAGAACGAGCAUAGUGAUCGUUUUCGCGAUUUGGGAUUUGGGCACACUUCUAAAACUUGUGGCUCAACUUCCAAUAGUGAUGCAAGGUUGAGAGUGGCUUCAAAGGAAGAAAGAAUGAGAGAGAAAGACAAUUAUAUAGUGGUGUUAGAAGAUAAGUUGAAUUCCGCAGUCAAUGAACUGAACACUAUAAAAUCAGUUGUUGACUUCUUAGCUAGGCAGUCUAGUUUUCAGGUUUAAGAUAUUGCUAGUGGCAUUUUAAAUCAAGUUUCUCCCCGAGCAAAUCAAGGGUCAUCUUUUGCAAGUCAUGAAAUAGAAGUUUCUUUAGGUAAUAGGACUAUCUAGAAGCAUUUCGUGCUGGAUAUAUAUUUUCAUGGAAGUUUUGUAAGGAUGACAACCUAUGAUAGUUUUGUGAUUUUUGUUGGACAAGUUUAGGCAAUGAUUUUUGUGGAUUGUUUUGUUAUGUGCUAUGGGAGAUUUGCUAAAGUACAAACAAUGUUGAUGGAUUUUUGUUUGAACAAGUUUAUGUAAUGGAGUUUGGAUAUAUAU